AUGAACGCGCAACAGUUUCGGGAAUUUGGCACGGCCGUAAUCGACCUGUUAGCCGAUUAUGUCGAAAACAUACGAGACCGUGACGUCCUGCCGUCCGUAGAACCAGGAUACCUUCUUAAUGAACUUCCUGAAAAUGCACCUGAGCAACCAGAAGACUGGAAAGAUGUACUAAAAGACUUCAAUCAAGCAAUACUGCCAGGUAUCACUCACUGGCAAUCUCCACGGUUUCAUGCGUUUUAUCCAACCGGCACAUCUUAUGCUAGCAUCAUAGGCAGCAUGCUCUGUGAUGGUUUAAGCGUUGUAGGAUUUAGCUGGAUGGCGAGCCCUGCGUGCACAGAACUGGAAGUAGUAACAAUGAAUUGGUUAGGCAAACUUCUUGGCCUCCCCGAAGAAUUUCUAAACAGUUCUAGUGGACCUGGUGGAGGAGUUAUCCAGGGUUCAGCAAGUGAAGCAACUCUUGUGGGACUACUGGUUGCCAAAGAUAAGACUGUUCGUAAACUAAUACGGAACGAUUCAACCAUCGAUGAAGAUAUAAUCAAACCCAAACUAGUCGCUUAUACAUCUGACCAGUGCAAUUCAUCAGUUGAGAAGGCUGGUUUAUUAGGUUCUAUGAAAAUGCGACUACUAAAAGCUGAUGCUGAUGGAAGGCUUCGAGGAGAAACUCUUAAAAGAGCGUUUGAAGAAGACAGAGAACAAGGUCUAAUACCGUGUUACGUUGUUGCUAAUCUAGGCACUACUGGCACUUGCGCAUUCGACCCCUUAUAUGAAUUAGGACCGGUAUGUAAGGAAGCUGAUGUUUGGUUACAUGUGGAUGCUGCUUAUGCAGGCGCUGCUUUUAUUUGUCCAGAAUACAGACAUUUGAUGAAAGGUGUAGAGCAUGCGGAUUCCUUCGAUAUAAAUCCUCACAAAUGGAUGAAUGUUUGUUUCGACUGUUCAGCAAUGUGGGUAAAAAAUGGAUACGAUCUUAUUCGUGCAUUUGAUGUGCAGCGAAUUUACCUAGACGAUGUUCAAACAGACAUAAAAAUCCCGGAUUAUCGGCACUGGCAAAUACCUCUUGGUCGUCGAUUUCGAGCGAUGAAAUUAUGGACAGUGAUGAGAAUAUAUGGAGCUGAAGGUCUGAGAAAUCAGAUCCGAAAACAUAUAGAUCUUGCUCAAUAUUUUGCAAAGUUAAUGCGAGCAGACGACAGAUUCCUAGUAGAGCCAGAACCGUCCAUGGGAUUAGUUUGUUUCAGACUAAAGGGAGGUGACACUAUCACAAAAAAAUUACUAGAGAACUUGACAAAGAAAAGGAAGAUCUUCAUGGUGGCAGGCACCUAUAGAGACAGAUAUAUGAUCAGAUUCGUCGUCUGUUACCGGUUAACGAGAAAAGAAGACAUCGACUAUAGCUGGAAACAAAUAAGAGAUGAAGCUGACUGUGUAUGUACAGACAAAAUACAUAAAAAACCGCAAAUAGCAGCAAUUGAUUCAUUAGUUGGAAGAGAGGUUUCUGAGAAGUCUAAAUAA